AAAGAUUAGAAGAAAUAAAAAAGACCUAUAAUGUUUUAAAACGCCUAGAUGACUUGUGAUUUUUUCAUAAAUUGAUGUACCCGAAUUGAUAAUGGCUGCUGGAGUAUUUCAUGUAGAAUUUGGUAUUAAUGAUACUCAGUUAACAAGAGCUUUAGAACAGGGUAACUAUGCUAGUGCUGAAAGAUAUAUUUUAGAAAAUUCGCAAUCCUCAUAUUUAGAUGAAGGAUGUUACCAAAGGACACCACUAUUUAUCUGUUUAUGUGGCAUAGCCGAAGAUGGAGAUAGAGUGAAAUGUCGUAACUUUUAUUUAGCUAAAUUAAUGUUAGAGAGAGGUGCUGAUGUUAAUUAUAGAGUUCCUGUAACAUUUUAUGGUUGUGAGUAUUUGGGGCCAGGUAAAACCUGUCUAGAAUUGCUGAUAGAUUUUUAUAAUGAAAUAACAAGAUGUGACAAUUGUCGUUCUGAGGAUUGGGUUGAAAGUUCACCAAGCUGGGAUUCACAAGAACAAGUUAUAGGACUUAAUCGGCAGUUAUUAGACAAUACAUAUGAUAUUUUAGAGGAUAUAGAAAAAUUAAUCUUUAUCUGUCUUGCAAAUGGUUGUGAUGUUAAUGUACGAGAUGGAAAUAGAAUGACACCAUUACAUCGUAUAACUAUUUCUAGUUAUGAAAAUAAAUUACUACAUUUAUUAUAUGAGAAUGGUGCUGAUAUUAAUGGUACUGAUAUCCAUGGUAAUACACCAUUAUUAUCAUUAUGUGAUGUAGCUAUGUAUGAUAUUGAUGAUGAUUUAACAGAUAAUUCACCAUCCAGUAGUAAUAGUAGUCUGGAUCAAUUAUUACCAAUUCAACAAGCAAAGUUAGAUUUCUUUCUAUCCAAAUCAGACACACAGAUAAAUGUGCAGAAUAAUUUAGACCAGACGCCGUUAUUUCAUUGUAUAAUGAGAGGAGAUGUAACUAGUUGUUAUAAGUUAUUGUUAAGUGGAGCUGAUCCUACACUAAGAGGUGUUGUAUGGGAAACAAGGAGAAGAAAACGUAAAAUAUCUCCAAUAUUUGCAUCAUUUUUAUCUAUACCAAUACAACAGACUUUAGGCUGGCAAAGCACACAUUAUAAACUUACAGCAGCCCCACAAAGAUAUUCUCAUAUUGUUGAUGCAGGACAUUUUACAAAGAAAGAAAUUGCCCAAGAACUUGUAGAAUAUAUAGAAAAUGACUUUCCUGAAUUCCUUGAAUUAAGACCAAUAGCUGGUGCUUUAAUCCAUUUACUAUUUGGAAGAACUACAUCAACUUUAAGUCAGCUGGCUACCAGAUGUGUAUUUCAGAACAGUUUGAUCAAAAAUACCCUGUGUUUACAGCGAAUAUUACCAGUGUCCACUUUUAAACAGAAGUUUUUAGUGGAAGAUCUAGAACAUUUUGAUACUUAUGAAGAAUAUGUGUGUCUCAUAUUGAAUAGAACAGUGCUAAAAACUCUUAUAAAUCUUUUAAAUUUGCCUCAAGAUUCUUUGAUCAAUUUUGAGGUCGAGUUGUUGCUACAUCAAAUGGCUGUGAAAUUUUCCAAGUAUAAAAUAUUAAGACCAGACAAUGUUAUAUCUGAUUUAAGUGAUGAGUCAGUACAUUCCAGUGAAUCUGAUAGUUCUAAUGACAGUCUUGAUGAAGGUGAUUCUGAUUUAGAAUACUGGUAACAUAAUAAACAAUCUUUUUUUAUUGUACAACUUUUAUAUAAUGUAUACAUCUGAUAAAUGUUUUGUAGAACAAUAGUUUUUAUUUCAACAACUUAAAGGGACAGAUGUGCCAUUUCUUUUACCAAUUAUAACUUAGUCUCAGAAACUGGAUUUUUUCAGCUAAGCCAAUCAGUAAUAUAGUGUUCACAGCUCACUGUUGAAAUUUGAGCCUUCAAAUCCAGGUGAAGAAAUUCCUAGUUCGAGAUAUUUUUGAAGGAAUUUUAUGAUUUUUGUACAUUUCUAAUACUUUUGGAGAUAUUUUUGAAGGAAUUUUGUGAUUUUCGUACAUUUCUAAUACUCUUGAAGACUAUUUACAUAUUUUCAACACUCAAAUCAACCCUCAAAAUAGCACAGCUGUCCCUUUAAACACAACUCACAUUACAAUCGAUCAAACAAUAAUCGCUCGAUUACGAUAUUAGAUCACCAAGACAUAUCUAAUAUAGGAGACAUCCAGGAAGAAAUAUUUAGUGAUUAAUUAGCCCGUUAGCUGCCAGCUCUAAUAUUGUGUUCAUUACCUCUGUUCCCAGUUUAAAGUAGAAAUUAACAAUUGAUUUAUAUUUGGUCCGCAUCUUGGAAAUAAACAAUGGGGCAUGUACUCUGUAGAUCAAUAUAUUGACUUCUCACGUAAUUUGAAUCCUAUUUCCCACUUUCUUUUUGCUGAUGAAUACAGCUUAAAUGUUUAUGUAUGUUUUCUCUAGCAACAAGAUAUUUCAAGCAACAGAGUAAACUCAUAUUGAAACAUUUAGCUAUAUCUAUUUUAAUCUUGAAUUUUUAUAAUUGAAAGAAAGUAAAUCAAUGUUAAUCGACUGCAGUGUGAAUUGUGUCUUAAAGGCAUAUUAAACCCUGGUUUAUAAACAUCAAUAUAUGACUGAGACCUGCUGAUACCUUAUCAUUUCCCUCCAUUAUAAUCUGAAUGUCAUACAUCAAUCAUAGUCCAACUUCACAAUGUCAAGGUAUUAUGAACUCCUAAUCAUUAGCAGUACAAUCUUUCUGUAGAGAGCUGAUUGGCUGUAUCAGCUUGCAUACAAUGCAAUCAAUUUGCUGCAUGUACAAACAUGCCUAAUCCAAGAAAAAUGUCUAAAGAUUUCUAGGUAUAAGAUAGAGUUCGUUGAGUUGACAUUGUGAGAUUAUCAUAGACCAGAAUUAGUAUACUUUUAAUUAAGAUGGAAUUUGUUCAAUUAUCACAGAAACACACAAGACAUGUUUUAAUUAUUAUAAACCAUUGAUUAUUUCAAGAUGGGUUCUCACAUUUCCAUAGUUUUCUU